UUAAUGCACUCAGAGCUGAACUCGAGACUGCCAAUGCUCGUGCUGAUGCGGCAGAACAAGAGCUUAAAAAAUUCCAAGAAGACUCAUCCUCUAAAGAAAUUGAACAUUCUAAUCUUCAUAAAAAAGUCGCAUCACUCGAAACUGAUUUAGAUGAGACUGAGAAGACUUUGAAGGAGACUACGGAGAA